GCCAGAUUGGACAUGUAGUCCCUGUACCAACUCACAUGAUGGACUUCCAAAUGUUUGCUCUGGUGAUGCUUUUCCUGGCUGGCGUUGAGCAGAGCCUGGCCUCCUGUGUUGUGGACAGCUUCACAGUCAAAGAGGACUUUGACCCCAAGAGAUAUGCAGGGAAGUGGUAUGCUCUGCAGAAGAAGGACCCCGAGGGCUUGUUCCUGCAGGACAACAUCUCGGCUGAGUACACCAUCGAUGACGACGGUUCAAUGGUGGCGUCCUCCAGGGGCAGGGUCACUCUCUUUGGAUUCUGGGUUGUAUGUGCUGACAUGGCUGCUCAGUACUCUGUGCCUGACCCAAACAACCCCGGCAAGAUGUUUAUGAACUACCAGGGCCUGGCCAGCUACCUGUCUAGUGGAGGCGACAACUACUGGAUCAUUGACACAGACUAUGACAACUAUGCCAUCACCUAUGCGUGCCGCACCCUGAAGGAUGAUGGGAGCUGUGAUGACGGUUAUGCCCUAAUCUUUUCCCGUAACCCCCGUGGUCUUCCUCCCGCAAUCCAGAGGCUCGUGCGCCAGAAACAAGAGGAAAUCUGCAUGGCCGGGCAGUUCCAGCCCGUACUCCAGUCCGUUGCAUUGGUGAUCCUUCGCAAGGUGAAGACGAAGAUCUUCUCCAACGCACAAAUAGUGGAUUAUUAG